AGUGAUGAGGCUAGAGGCCGCGGCAGGGUACACGGUGUGGUGGUCGGGCGGCGCGCAGUCGGGCUCGCGGCGGCUGCCGGCGGCGGACACGGCGCUGCGGCUGGCGCGGCUGGCGUGCGGCGCGCGCUACCGCGUCACGCUGCAGGCGCACAACGCCGUCGGCGCCUCGCCGCACUCCGCGCCGCUGCUGGCGCGCACCAGGGGGGACAAGGCUAAGCCACCUCCGGGCAAAGAGUUCGUGUGGGCUAACAGCACGGCUCUGCGCCUCAACCUGCUGGCGUGGGGAGGCCGCUGCCCCGUGGCGGCGUGGUCCUUAGCGCUGCGGCCUGCAGGCGCGGGCGCCUGGCGCGACCUGCCCAGCGACGGGGAGACUGCCGAAGCUGGCGGGCUGCAGCCGGGCGCUUGGUACGAGGUGCGCGUAGAAGCGCGGUCACCGGCCGGCGACACCACGGCACUGUACCGUGCCGCCACACAUACGCUCAGCGGAGUUUUACGUGAAACAGAACGCAUAGGCGAGCCGGUGGAGGUGCCAAGCGAGGUGCGUGGGGUCGUGUUGGGCGGCGUAGGCGAGAGCUCGCCGGGAGGCUCCGGCGCGGCGCUGUGGAGGGCCGGCCUGGCGCCCGCGCUGCUGGGGGGAGGCCUGGCUGCGCUGCUGGCGGCGCUCGCGGGGCUGGUGGUAGCUCGGCGACGGCAGGCAGCCUCCUGCCUGCGCCGCGACUGCUCCUUGCACCGCGUGUGCCAGCCGCACCCUCAGCUGUACACCACUGAGCCCAGUAAACGCAAUGGCAAAACUCUUACUCCACCCGAUCUUGCUGGUGAAUUGCACGAGAUCAGUCCUUAUGCAACGUUCAGUAUGGCUGGAGGCGCAGGCGGCGCGGGUGGCGGGGGCGGUGCGGGGAGUGCGGGGGGUGCGACGCCGAGCGAGGGGGGCGGCGGGGGGGGCUGCGCGCUGCACCUGCGCACGUUCGGCCGCGCCGAGCCGCUCGACCUGGCCGCGCCGCCGCCCCGUCCCAACCUCCUGGCGCACACACCAGAGUACGGGCAUUCUCGCGAAAGCGACUCGGAGUCGAGCGGCUCACCAUGCGCCGCGUGCGCCGCGGAGCUGUACCGCGUGCCCGCCGCGCACCUGUCCGACACGCUACCUGCCGUUGACUCCAGCGCCGAGGACUCGGUGUACGCACCGGGAGCACCGGGGCCCCGCGCGCCGGGCUCCCACCAGCCGGGGGCCAGGGGCCCGCGCGGCCGUCCCGCGCCCCGCGCCCGCCGUCGACGUGACCACCCGCGCCACGCCGACCCGCCUACCGUCAGGUGAAUGCGCACUAUUCGCACACAUUAAACGUACUUUUCUGCAGCAGUGCCAGCAGGCGAGUUGCGCCAGAGCUACAGUAGCGGCUGGCGCGGGGCGGACACGAGGCGGGUACGAGGCGGCCUCGGGCGCGUGCCGCAGCUGUCCACGCGACCUGCUGUGCACGCUGUACAUACUCACCUAGCUGUAAGCGUUGUCGUGUCAUACCUCUUACCACAUGUUGAUUAAACUUAUUUCCAUGAGUUUCA